AUGUCGGCGCGCAGACAGUCAAUCCUGUCGCACCGGCCCAAGACCUCCUCCGACGUAGACGACGACAGCGCUGCCCCCGUACCGCCGCCGCACACGAUGAAGCGCACAAUCUCGCAGACGUUCCCCACGCACUACCACCAGGACAUGAAGGACGCAAACAUGCUCGAUGCCGUCAACGAGGCCACCAUGCACGUCGACGGCUCGUCACAGCACUCACAGUCAAGCUCCUUCUCCCGCGCCAUUGGGGCCGUCACGGGCAGUUUCACCCGACAAAAGACGCGCCGGCGCAUGUCGUCUGUUUCUUCAGCAACGCCCGCACAGCGCCGUCGUGGCUCCAUUCACUCUCUCUUUGAGUCACUUCCCUCGUCGAGCACGGCCAAACCACUCGCUACCGACCAUCAACGACAGCCCCUGCAGCACCAAGACUCGGGCAUUCCCACGUUCCAACAGCCGCCCAGCACGCCGCUCAACUCAAAAGUCUUUUCUCCCUUCAAGCGCCUGAGUAGCAUGCGCCGCCGCCCUACCGCUUCAGGGCCAUCGACCGACCUCAAGAACGUCUUCACUGCCCCCGCCUAUCCCCCCGUCCUUCCAGGCUCGGCCGCACGACAAGCAGCCGCCGCCGCCAACCAGGACCGCCAGAACCAGCUCCGCCGCGAGCAAGAACACACGCAACGUUUCCUCAAUGGCCUCAUCACCCCGUCGAUGCGCGACGACGACAUCAAAGACAACGAGAGCGGUGUCGACAUGACGUGUGCCUCGCCGAUUGUGCGGGCCGACAGCGUGACAGAGAAGAAGAUGAUCGACCCCUUCCAACGCCUCCCUGCUGAACUCGCUACCACGGUCCUUUCCAACCUCGACGCAGCAUCCCUGGUCCGUGCCGAGCGCGUCUCUCGCAGCUGGCACGAACACGCAUCGUCGCCACACGUAUGGCGAAACGUCUUCCUCCGCAAACACGAGCCCGAGGUACACGUGUCACCCGCCCCGAUCCAGAUGGGUGGUCUGGGCACCGGCAAGAUGUCGGGCGGCAACCCUGCUCCUGCACAGGACUGGAAGAGAAUGUUCGAGGCCAGGAGCAUCAUCGACGCCCGAUGGAAGACUGGAACCCCCGCUGCCAUCUACCUCAACGGCCACACCGACAGCGUCUACUGCUGCCAGUUUGACGAGAACAAGGCCAUUACCGGCUCGCGUGACCGGACCAUUCGUGUAUGGGACCUCAAAACUUACAAAUGCAUCAGGGUAUACGGUGGACCCAACCACCGUCCAACGGCAAACACUCCCCCGUCCAUGGAAGAGAGACCGGAACGCGUCAUCAGCCAUGCAUCCAUGAACGGAACCAAGGUCGGCAACGAAAUCUACACGGUUCCUAUCGACUACCACGAUGCGUCCAUUCUGUGCCUCCAGUAUGACAGCGAGAUUAUGGUGACUGGAUCUUCAGACUACACCUGCAUUGUGUGGGACAUUACUGGUGACGAAUACGUUCCAAUGUACCGACUUCGCGGACACGAGGCCGGUGUUCUUGAUGUGUGCCUCGACGACAAGUACAUCAUCUCAUGCUCCAAGGACGCCAUGAUCAAAGUCUGGGAUCGCAAGACGGGCAACUGCAUCCGCACACUCAAGGGCCACCGCGGACCCGUCAACGCUGUCCAGCUACGUGGCAACUUCCUCGUCUCUGCUAGUGGCGACGGCAUUGCCAAGCUCUGGAACUUGGAGACUGGUGUUUCCAUCAAGGACUUUCCGUCAGAGGACCGUGGCCUUGCAGCUGUUGAAUUCUCCGAUGACGCCAAGUACGUGCUCGCAGGUGGCAACGACCAUGUUGUAUACAAGUUUGAUGCGUCGACCGGUGAGCUUGUCCACAGCAGAGUCAAGCACGAUGGCCUUGUGCGUUCUCUGUUCCUCGACGCAUUCAACGGCCGCAUCGUCUCUGGUUCAUACGACCAGAGCAUUCAAGUCUCCGACUACGAAACCGGUCAGACAUAUGCCGUUUACAAAAACUGGACAACAAGCUGGAUUCUAUCAGCCAAGAGCGAUUACAGACGUGUUGUAGCCACGAGCCAGGAUGGAAGGACAUUGAUCCUUGACUUUGGACAUGACGUGCCAGGGUCUGAAUUACUCGUUGGGUCCAAGUGA